AUGGUCGGGGACGCCGCGUCCCCCGGUCUCUCUGGCGGCGUAGAGUCGAUGCUGGACAUCGAGACCAUCACUGGCGUCGCUGGUAAUGUCGAGUCGGAAUUCUGGGGUUUCUCAGGGAGGUCGCCCGACAACGCACACAAUGAGCCGUUCCUGAAGUGGCUCACCACGCUCGGCAGCACCUCGGACGCCGAAGUGCCCAAGAUCUUCUCGACCAGCUAUGGGGAGGACGAGGGCUCCUGGUCGACUGCCGCGGCGCAGCGCCUCGGCGUGGAGUUCCAGAAGGCGGGGGCGCGCGGCAUCUCCCUGCUGUACGCCGCGGGGGACGAGGGGGCGAACUGCGAGCAGGGAAAGUUCGUGCCUGAAGGCCCAGGGUCCUCGCCCUACGUGACGGCGGUGGGCGGCACGAUGCCCGCGAGCGGCUACCCGGCUCCAGGUUCCGAGGCGGCGAUCGGGCUCAGUUCUGGCGGCUUCAGUAAUUACUGGCCCAUGCCGGACUACCAGAAGGAGGCCGUGCAAAAGUACUUGACCAUGGAGGGCCUCCCGAGCCGCUCGAGGGGCUACAAUACCUCGGGCCGCGCGUACCCGGACAUCGCCGCGCAGGCAACGGAUUUUAUUGUCUACACGCCAAUACCAGUGCCGGGCGUGUCAGGGACCAGCUGCGCGUCACCCACGGCGGCAGGGAUCUUCGCGCUGCUGAACGACCUGCGGCUCGCACAGGGCAAGUCCACCCUGGGGUUCCUGAACCCCCUCAUUUAUGAGCACUUCUCGGCGUUCAACGACGUCACCACUGGGGCCAGCGCUGGCUGCCUCACUGACGGCUGGCCCGCCAAACCUGGCUGGGACGCGGUCACUGGCGUGGGGACGCCCGACUUCGCCAAGCUGGCGAAGGUAGUGGAGGGGCUGCCAUCGGGCCGAAACCUGGAGAUCGUGAUUUGA